AGAAAAAAGUGGUGCAGCUUUUGUGGGAAGAGCCUGCUAGGUUUGUGGCAAUCACCUACUCCUAGUUGAGAUGUUCUAUAAGGGUGAGACCCAGAGAUCAGCUGGGGCAAUUCUCCGUUGUCAAAAUACUUAAAAGUUCCCAGGGGAAGAAGAAUGCAUUCUGAGUGACAUUUUCCUGAGAGAAAGCAGGAUUUCAAAAUCUGAAUCCUGAAGUUCCUUUCAACAUGGAUUCAAGAAGUCUUUCCCAUUUGGGUCCCAAAUACCUCUAUGUUAGUCUCUGGGACUUUGAAGCAAGGACAGAGGAUGAAUUGAGCUUUCAGGCUGGGGAUCAUUUUUAUGUAACAGAGAAGAAGGAAGAUUGGUGGAAAGCCACGAAGCUUGAUGCUGCUGGAAGGAGCUUGGGAGAAGGCUAUGUCCCUCACAAUUAUUUAGCUGAAGAAGAGACAAUGGAGACUGAACCAUGGUUUUUUGGGCAGAUCUCUCGUUCAGAAGCUCUGCAUAGACUCCUUGCAGGAGAAAAUGGAACUGGUACCUUCCUUAUAAGGAUCAGUGAGAAGACAGGAGCAGACUAUGUUCUCUCAGUUCGGGACAACCAGAUUGUAAGACAUUACAAGAUCUGGAGGAAUGCUGAGGGAAGAUACCACAUGAACUCCGCUGUAUCCUUCCCCAGUCUUGUUGGUCUAGUGCAGUAUCACAAAAAUAAGCCACUGUCCCACGGCCUGAGGCUCACCACACCCUGCUGGAAGCAUGAGCCAAAACCAUUGCCUCAUUGGGAUGACUGGGAAAGACCCAGGGAAGAGUUUAUCCUGACCAGGAAGCUGGGCUCAGGAUACUUUGGGGAAGUCUUUGAAGGAUACUGGAAAGAGAAAGUCAAAGUGGCCAUUAAGGUCAUUGCCAAGGAUGACCUGAUGCAUCAAAACACCUUCUACUCAGAGAUUGAAGCCAUGAAGAAGCUGCGCCACAAACACAUUCUCUCUCUCUAUGCUAUCUCUUCCAUUGGGGAUCCUGUCUAUAUCAUUACUGAAUUGAUGCCCAAAGGAAACCUUCUGGAGCUCCUUAGAGACCCUAAAGGGGCAAAGCUACCCACCACAGAGCUUGUGGACAUAGCAUCUCAAAUAUCAGAAGGCAUGUGCUACCUUGAGUCACAGAACUAUAUUCACCGAGACCUGGCUGCCAGAAACAUCCUUGUGGGGGAAAAUAACAUCUGCAAAGUGGGAGACUUUGGGCUGGCUCGGCUUAUCAAGGAUGAUGUUUAUCUUUCCUAUGCACACAACAUCCCCUACAAAUGGACGGCACCAGAAGCCCUCUCCUAUGGAUAUUAUUCAAUCAAAUCUGAUGUCUGGUCCUUUGGAAUUCUUCUCUAUGAAAUUUUCAGUGGUGGACAGAUACCUUAUCCAGGGAUGUCCAAUAAUGAGACUCACAUGAAAGUCUUGGGUGGCUUUCGGAUGCUCCGCCCCACAAAGUGCCCACUCUCCAUCUAUGAUCUCAUGUAUAAAUGCUGGAAUCUGACUCCAGGAGAAAGACCAUGCUUCAAAAGCCUCAAAGAAAAACUCAUUAGCUUCACUAAUUAUGAAAACCCACUCUGAGCCAAGAAUCCACCUGAAAAGUAUGUUUCCUUAUUUACCACCAAACUCUUCUCCCUGGUACUCUGUGACAGCAAGCUCAAAGGUUUGUUCCCCAAGAAUAAUGAACUUUGGGCAUGUAGAAGUGCCAUGGGGACUGUUUCUGAAAGCAACGGGGCCCACUUAAAAGAGUAUUACUAGACCUUGAGGCAGAAGACCUGAAUUUGAAUCUGCGCUCCAACACUCACUAGUCGCACAGACUUCCAAGAACUACUCCGUUUCUCUGGGUCUGUUUUCUUCUCUGUAAAAUAGGAAUAAUAAUAUUCAUGCUACCUCUCUCAUAGGGUUAUUGUGAAGAAUUCAUCUUUUAAACCUUAAAGUUCUGUGAAAAUGUUAGCUGCUGUGUUUGCUGCUGCUCCUUGCUCCAGUGCAAAACAGAAGGUCACUUGAAGGGUACAAAUGCACUGGGGUCAGAGCAUAGCUGACCAUCAAACAUGCCAGAAGGCAAAAAUAGUUGAUUUGUUUCUAUUUCAUUUACUAAAACUUUGCUGUUAAAAAAAAUAAGUAAAUUUCAUUUACAAUGAAACAUUAAGAGCUCCUGGACUCUUCUCCAGAUAGGCUCUUAAGCUACAGGGGAGACUUAUGAGAAGUUCAAGCUUUCUGAGGUUUUCAGUGCCUCUGGUUAAAACUUAUUUAGAAGCCAUGCAGUGCAGUGAAAAUUGUUUGAUUAGUGCUAGAGGGGCUCUCAUCUUGAGCAAGUCACCUAUUCUUUCCAGACUUCAAUUUCCUCACUUGUCAAAGAAGGGUUGGAUGUGAUGACUAAGUCCCUUCUUGCCAAGUUGUAAUUGUGCCAUACCACAUCACUCACUCAUAUGUGGAAGGGAAAAAUUGGUCCUCGGGAGGCAAUCUUAGGAUAAAAUAAUAAAGCUGUGCAAUGAGGAGAAGAGAAGGAGUCUUAAUUCUAGAUCACAAGGACUUAAAAAAAAAGAAAAACUAUCAUCUAAAAUUACAAUUCAGGCUGUGUCCAAUUCAGGCUUUGGUAGGACUGGAGUCUGGGUCUAGGAGCUGAUAUUUAAUGAAACUCCCAGCAACCCUCCUAUCAAGUCCUGUUUCCAGCCCUGGCUCUCACUUCCAAAAAACUUGGUUGUCUGUUGAUAUGCCAGAGAACUACUUGCGAAAGUAAUUUUUCUUCUUUGUCAAAUGGUUUGUAAACAUUGUAGUUCACAAGUUAAUAAUCUCCUGCCUCUCCAUUUUCCAGUGUGUGUGUGGAAUAAAACUGUUGGACGGAAUGAGGAAAAAUAACCUGAAUUUGGAGAACAAGAAUGUGAAUUCAAGUCCUCUGUCAUUUAUUACAUUGUUCAAGUCAUAUAAUUUCUUAGGGCCUCAGUUUCCUCAUCUACAAAAUGAGCUGACUUCUAGGUUAGGGCUUAAACUUUUUCCACUCUCAGUCUCUUUUCACUAGAGAAAUUUUUAUGUGACUCCAAAUAUAUAGGUAUAUGAAAUAGGUAAAUAAAUCAAACAUUUAAUGAUAAUCACAACUUUUUUGACCUCCCCACAUUGUUACAAGACCCCAUAUGGGAUUGUAAACCACAAUUUAAGUCUUUGAAGGUCCUUCGAUACCUGUUAAAGAUGACAGAGGAAGCUCUCUUGGACCUGAUGUUUCUUUGGGAUUAGGAAUAAACUAAGUAGGCCCUGAACCAUAUAAGCCAUUACCAGGCCUAAAGAUGACCCAUCAUUUGAAGUGUUUUCAACUGGGUACAUAAAUCUGGAUCCAAGCAUUACACAUCCAUUACAGUUUGAAUUCUUUUAUUCCACUAGUGCAAGUGGGAGAAUUGGUUCAAAUGGCCCACUGAUGAUGAAAAUAUAAGCUUCCAGGUUUCCCAUGUCGAUUCCUGCCAUUGGCCCAAGAGAGCUGAGCUUUCAGUUGGCUCAGAUGCCAGCUGCCUGUGCUGAGGCUGGCCAGUGGAGGGAACCCUUCUUUUCCUCCCAGAUCCCUGUGCAAGUUAUAGGCAGGAGCACAUCCUAGUCAUUCUCCUACUUGUACUCUCUUUGCCAGAGAACUAAGUUAGUAGGCAGGUCCUGCUAGUGGCUACCUUUAUAAUCAGAGGCCAUUGGUCCCUUUGCUCUUAAGA